AUGUUCCAUGGCAUCAAUGAAGACCUUCUGCUUGUAGACAGGUUGGCUGCUGCGCGCCAAACAGCACAGAUACUCUAUGCCGAGGUGCAGAAAACGAAUAACUUGAUUCAAGACUCGACUCUACAACAGGCCAGUACGCUGGUGGCUGCCAUCCCGCCACGAGGAUACAUGCGCCAAUUCAACACGCUUAGUGGUCACCGUGACAAAAUCGCCGGAAUCAAAUGGGCCUCAGACUCAAUUAAGCUUCUCUCUGCCUGCCAGGAUGGGUUCAUGAUCAUAUGGGACUCCGUCACGGGCAUGAAGCUCCAAGCCAUAGAAUUGGAAAACUCGUGGGUGCUUCUGUGUGCAUAUUCGCCAUCUGGUCGCUUUGUGGCUCUGGCAGGCUUGGACAACCGCUGCACAGUGUAUAAGGUCAACAUAGAUCCACCAGAAUCAACUCCUCCUGGAUCCAUAGAACUCUCCGACAGACCAAGGUUGGGACGUAAGAUAGCUCGACCUCAUGCCGCCUACGUUUCUUCUUGCGAGUUUGUUGCUGAUUCGCAAGUGCUCACCGCACUGGGAGAUAUGACCAUAGCACUUUGGGACAUGGCGAAAGACGCGAAGACCCGAGAUUUCUUAGACCACACAAGCGAUGUGUUGCUGUUGCUGGUUGUUCCAAAUCUUCUCAUGCUGACCCAAACUUUUUUGUCGUCCGGUGCCGAUGGAUACGUCAAGGUGUGGGACGUACGGGCCAAAAAUGCUCAGAAAUCGUGCCAAGUAUCCAAAACUGACGUCAACUCCGUCACACAGCUUCCCGACGGAUACUCUUUUGUCACAGGCUCUGACGACGGCUUUUGUAAGUUGUACGACUUGCGCUCAGACUGCGAAUUGGCGACAUAUAGCUUGCUGAACCACUACGAGCCACGGUCAGCCGUUACAGAGUCUCCAACCUCUCGAAAUAGCAUGUGGUCUCGAUUCCACACUCCUGGCGUUGUAUCCGUCGAGUUGAGCCAUUCAGGACGAAUACUCUACGCUUGUUAUGCUGACUACGGAUGUGUGGCAUGGGAUACAUUAAAAAAUGACAUAGUCGAGGUUCUUGGUGUCGGAAACGGCAGCCACACGGGCCGAAUCUCGCAAGUAUCAGUGUCUCCAGAUGGUCAGGGAUUAGCUACUGCCUCGUGGGAUUCAACUAUCAAGGUAUGGUCGACAUAG